UUUUAUUUUUGGAAACGGACAAAAAAAGUUAUAAACACGACAUUUUUAAACGCUGAUAUCUGAAUAAAAUAUCUGUGCAAAAAUAUUGAAAGUAUAUAAUUAACAAUUACUACUAUUUAUAUACUUAUAAGAAAUAAAUUAUGGCGAAUAAAUGGUUAUGAAUUUAUUUUCAACAAUGGUGAAUAAUAUUAAAACAUUCUUAAAUAGUCCUCAAAGUGACGUUUCACCAGUUAGCACAGAUUUUUCUGAUAUUAAAGUUCCAAAGUUAUAUGGAAGUUAUUCAAAACGCCAACAAGCGAAAGUUGUUGCUUUUAUAAGAAAAGGAAAUAGCCUGCGUUCUGCAGAAAAAUUAUUUGGUAUUCCAAAAUCUACCUUGCAUUGUUGGUUGAAGAAGUUAGAUUCGUCUCCAAAAGAAUCUACAAAUAUUUCAACCAAAUCGCCUGAAGCAUUUCAUUUAAAAAAUUUAUUGAAAAAAGAAAAUACUUAUUCAAAGUCAAACGAUAUUCAUUUCUCUGACCAAAAAAAUCACAUUAACAAGGAAGAAAAGCUGCUUCCUGAAAACGAUGCUUGUUUAGAAGAAAAGUUUAUCAUUGAAUUCCUUCGAUCUAAAGAAGGUGUUGACUUGAUUGCAAAAGCAUACAACAUUUCUGUUAACGAUUUUAUCUUCUUUGUUUCUAAUUUAAAAAAAAGAGUAAAUGUAAAAGAAGAAGAAAAACAAUCAUUUUGUGUGAUACAAAAUCAAGUUACACAAUCUAAACAUAUGUCUGGAAAUGAUUCGGAAAUCAAUAAUAAUAAUGCCUAUGAAUGCUGUAACAAUUAUAAAAGAGCUCAUGUUUACGACUCAGACAGUGACAGCAAAAUAAAAUUAAAGAAGCCUCGAAAAAUUUCUGAAGGGGAAUAUUCUUCAGGUUUGAUUUUAAAAAGUAUUGUACAAAUGCAAAAUUAUACAAGUAACCAACAUAAUAGUCAGUUGUCGUAUAGUAAUCCAGAAAACAGUUUACCAGCAUUCACAAAUAAAACUGAUGAUAUUCCAAUAUAUAUGAAACCUUGCAAUGAAUCAAAAUUACAUUCCUUAGAAGAAAAAACAGUUGAAUUGCACUUAGGACAUUCUACAAUUAAUUGCAACAAAGAAACUUCGAAAGAAUUGCACUUAGGACAUUCUACAAUUAAUUGCAACAAUGAAGAUUCAAAAGAAAUAAAUAGAACAAACAGUGAGAAAGAAUUAAUGGCAUUAGUUGCUGGAGAAAAUAUAACAGCUGAUGAGCUGUGUAAAGACUUAAAUUUCUCCGAUCUUCGAAAUUGGGUUGACAAUGAAUCAUGGUACACAGAUCAGUAUCUAAAGUAUUUCAGAAUAAAUCCUUCACAUUUAUACAGUACUGUUGCACAUGUGCUAUAACAUUGUUUGGUUUUAACUGGUUUUAUUACACUUACACAUACACUUUUGUUAUAAGUAUUAAACAAAAAUCUUAUAAAUAAAAUUGUUUUAAAAGUUUAAUUGUAAGAUUUUUAUUAGAAUUUUUUUAGCUAUAUAAUUUGAUGUUUUAAACAUUAAAUAAAUUUUUUUUGUCUGAAAAACAAGUUUUUCUGGUUUUUAUCCAUGAUCAGUGCCUGUAUUAGGACAUAUAAAACCCUUGACUUUGUUAUGAACCCAAUAGAAAUGGAUAAGUUUUUUAAAAGAGGGUGUUUAGGACUGGUUUUUCUUAUAACUUCAAUCUCUAUAUCUGUAGUACCAGCACUGUUUAGGAUAUUCCUACAGAUAUUUUUUAUAGAGCUGUGAUUUUAUUUAAAGGUAAUAUGUAAAUACUUGAAUGUAUUAAUAUUUUUGUAAAGGAAUGUUUCAAGUUAUAAAUGUUUUUUUAACUAUAUUUAUUUUAAUGUUUUCAUUUAAUAAUUUUUAAUUAUAAAUUGCUUUAAAUUUAUGAAAUCAUAAAAUCAUAGGAUUCUGCUAAUGACAUUUUUUUGCUACUUCUUUGUAAUGUUGCUAAUGAGAUUUUGUAAACUACAUAUUCGAAAUUGCAAAUGUAACUAGUUAAUUAUCUCUAUUUCCAUUUAAAACUAGAUCUGUCAAUUAAAAGAAAAUAAUAAUCAGUUUUAGUAUAUAGUCUAUACUAUAAAAAUUUUAGUAUAUUAAGAAUGUAUAUAGUCUAUACUAUAGUAUAUACUAUAAAAAUGUCUACUUCUGACUCCAGAGGGGUACCCGAUUUUGUGCAUAUAAUGAAUCUAUAUUCAUCUAGACACUGGAUGUAAUGAAAGUAUUUUUUUUUUUUCUGUGAAAAAAAAUGUUGUUUUUAUGCAUAAUAUUGAGCCUUUUACUUUCUAUGAUGUAUUUUAUAGUAGUUAAUAAUAAUAGUAAUGAAUACAUUAAAUACAUUUAUAAUUUACUGA